AUGGCUUUCUCAAGUAUAAUUUCUAGUGCUCUGGUCCAGAUUGUUCUUUUUAGCAGUAUCAUAUCUGCAACUUCUGGAGAUACUAUAUCAAUUCAGUUUUCAAAGUCACUUGCGAUCAACUCGACAGACGACUAUCUGAUUCCAUUGGCCAUUGGAACUCCGCCUCAAACUAUAUAUCUCAAUCCAUCUACAAAUACAGAUGACUCUUUUGCUAUUUCUCCAAAAGCUUGUACACCAACAGGCAACGCCACGGCCCUGGCAGGUUGUGUCAAAUACCGCGGGGGGGUAUUCUUAUCCAAAGACUCUUCAUCUUAUACAGCUACAGGGAACGUGUUUACAUGGGAGGACGACCAAUAUGUUCUCUUUGUGGACGGGAGUCAGGGAAAAGAUACAGUUGCCUUGUUGGACGAUGGAGAUGAUAUUUCGAUGAAGGAAUUUCCAUUCGGGUUGAUCGACACUUGUAAUAUGACUUCAGGGUUUAUAGGACUUGGGCCUGAUUCGACACUAUUAAAACGGCUUGUGAAGGACGGCCAGAUUGGCACUCGCUCUUACGGUAUCCAUGUUGGUAUCGAUAUUGAGAAUCAUGCAUAUUCUAUCAUAGACCCAACAUUCGACGAAUCGGGUGGAGAAUCACAUAAAUCAGAAAACCAUAACUCUGAUGCGGGGAAGACCAAACGUGGUGCGAGUAAUACUACUAGCAUUACCGGGGAGGUGCACUCAUUUCCGGGUUGUUUGACGUUGGGCGGGUACGACAAAACAAAGAUCGAUAACAGAACCGAGUCACUUAAGGCACCGACGACUAGCGAUGGAAAAGUGGAAUUGGAAUUGAAAAGCUUAGUUCUUCUCAACCAAGACACAGCUGGUGACUCAUCACAUGAUAUAUUCAACGCAACUAGAAAAGUGAUCAUUGACUCUAGCACACCUUAUAUCUACCUCCCUAAAGCAACUGCAAAACUGCUGUCUGAUGCUUUAGGAGCAACAUAUGGGGAGCCCUUACAGGAUUUCUUUUAUGGAGCUUCUGCCGACAAAUAUAUUGGGAACAUUACGUUCACACUUCAAGUGUCUGGUGGAGGAAGCAGUAUUGAUAUAGUGGUUCCUCCAAGUGCGCUCUACCAAAACAUCGCUGCACUACGAGAUUAUAUUCCUGUGGGAAACGACAUAUAUGAUCAUUAUUUGCCCAUCAAGACGUUCGAUGAUUCAUCGAAACAGCCAAUUGUUCUGGGUCGAACGUUUUUGAAAGCUGCAUACCUAUUUGUGAACCAUGACUCGGGAAUUUUCCAACUUUCUCAAGUCUCUUACACAAAUGAAAAACCCGAUAUCGUUGCAGCCACAGCAUUAUCAAGUGAUGAAUCAACAGAUGGCCAAGGCGUCGUGGAUGAUAACGUAGAUUCUUCAACGGAUGGUAAAAAGAAAGGGCCUCCAAUAGUCUUCAUUGCAGCAGCAGCUGGUGCUGCAGGGAUUUUCUUUGCUCUUGGAAUAAUCUUUAUUCUUUGGCGUCGUAAACAGUCCACCAACCCCUCCCAGUCUACCAUGCAACCUAUCCCCUCAUCGACAACAGUAAACGAUUAUCGUGGAAACGAAUCGGACGGCAAUGGUCAUUCUGGGAUGCCAAUGAUGAAUCUUUCACAGAUCAGAGAUCCAGAUGAAAAGCAUCCACUUGGCCCUGGACACCAUGGAGGCCAGGACUGGGGUGUCUGGGAACAGCAGAAGGAUGGAAGUGGCGGAUAUUACACUCCACACCCAUUGGCACUGGGUGGUACACAUUAUCACGAGAUGGAAAGUGAUUAUGUCGGCAUGGCAACCAGCCCGAGCCAAGGGUAUCCUCCACAAUGGGCAGAGCUCCCUACCUCGCCGCCACCUGUAGCUUUCUCAGAACAACCAGAACAUUCUCAACACCCUGCUUUCUCGAACCAGAGUACAACUACCGGUCCGUAUGGCAAACCGUAUCAGCCUGGACCUGAAAUGCGGUACGAGGUGAUGUAG